ACCUGACCAGUGACUGGGGCCGACACUGUAGGCCUAGCUAGUGUAUUACUACUAUAUAUAUCCACAGCAGUGUGUGUAAGACUCUACACCAAUGAUAGCGGCCCUGCAGUAGUAAAGGGCCAGUAUUACUACAGAGCAACUGGCUCAUUCAUACAGUUGAUGUCUGUCAUACUGCUAUAGGUAGAUACCCCAGAGGAUAGCUUACCGGUGCCUAUACCCACCAGGGCUGUACAACAGGCAACAAGUGUUUUGUAUUACAGCAUAUAUACUGGACUAUUACUGGACUACAGGACUAUUACAGGACACCAGGCUUUACAGCAUACAGAGCUACUACAAUACUAAAGUGCAAACAUUCUCGAAGAUUUUUUUAAAGAUUUAAAAAAAAAAAAAAGGAUUUACCAAAAAACAUAUUUUCUGUAAUAUCAUGAUAAUAUCAUGAUAAUGAUGGUGUGUAGAAUUUUACCUUACUGACCACAGCAACUUCACACAUAAGUGUUUCUACAAUUGUUUUUUAUGAUUAUUUAUCGGAACAGUGUUUAAAUAAGAUUUCAUUUUUAUCUGGAUUUUCUAUAGAACCCUAUAAUGAAUUGUGUUCUGGGAUGUAAGAAAGUGACUGUAUCAGUUUAUUGUACACCUGUGAGCCGUAAUCUUCUAAGUUUUCUACAGAAACCCUGGAAUUUGUCUCUACAACUUGCAGAUCUAUAGUAAAAGGUGUGGAAAUACUUAGGAGGGAUGAUGGAGUGUCAAUCGAGAGUAAACCCAGGGUUUUGUGGACGGCGUUACAUCCUCGCGUGGUCAGCGUUAUUUCUUAGUCUUGCGGCCACGGUCCAGCCACAGCAGUCAUGGAGAAAAGAUUCAGCCUGUGCAGACAGUUCGUUUGGAUAUAUUUUCGGCCAUGAUGACAUGGCAACGUGUCGUGGACAGUGGCAGGGCCAUAUUAGGAACAGUAGUCAGUUGUGUGCCCCAGGGUGGGGCGUGUGUUCAUGGCAGGAUGCUGGACGUUUACGAGCCAUACGUUGGGAGGAGGCAGUUUCAGUACAUGGGUGUUUUGCCUAUAAUGCUGCGAACGAUGGCGGAAGAUGUCGUGAAUGUGGCAAAGACAUGGAAAGGGAUGAUCUGGCAGGGAUUGGAAUUGGAUGUCCUCACCAAAACUUUGGUCAGACGUCCUGUAUCUCCGGCGGUCGGAUUGAUGCGAGUUGUUGCGUCGACGCCCACUUCAAAACGGCGUGCCACUAUCGCCCAACCAUGUCGGGUGUACUGUGCUGUCGCAAGCCAAGUGAGUUUAAAGCAGUGGAGAAGCCAAGAAUCCUUGUUCGGCCACGGCCAAUGAUGCAAGUGAGCACAGGUCAGAUCUUCUUGCUGACCUGUCAGGCACAUGGAACCCCACCCCCUCGUACCCAAUGGUACAAGGAUGGAACACAGAUCACUAAGGCCAGCAAGCGCAUCCAGAUUCUCUCCUCAGGUGACCUUUUGGUAACCAUGGCGAGAAGGUCAGACUCUGGUCUCUACAGUUGUGAGGUCAUCAACAGUGAGGGAGUGGAUAUGGCCAGCUCUAUAGUGGUCAUCAGAGAGCACCUGUCAGGCUGUCGGGAUGGUUCCACAGAAGGAUUAGGGACUCACGAGUACGUUCACGCGUGUGCUGGAAAGUGGGCAGGACAUGUAAGGAAAGGGCGGAGCUUAUGCAGGAAGGGGUGGAAGGUGUGUAGUCCGUCAGACACAGAAACUCUCCGCGACCUGUCCUGGAUGGAUGUGUUCGAUGUAGAUGGUUGCUAUGCUUACAAUGCAGCUAGUCGUCAGGGCACCUGUCGAAGAUGUAAAAAGGGAAAUAUGGCAGGAUUCGGGAGAAAAUGUGGGAAACUACGAUAUACGAAACAGUCAUGCUUAUCUCAAGGUCGAAUAGAUGUGUUCAAAGUGAAAGACAAGACUAAGGGUUGUUCCUAUAGAGAAGGUGUCACCUCCGGGGUGUUAUGUUGUAAAAAGUCGGCCAUCAAAACACCAGCAGAGAAGCCACCAGCAUCCCGAAAUUGUACCCCACCAUGUGUCAACGGUGGUAAAUGUGUUGGUCACAACACGUGUCAGUGCCCACAGGGAUAUAAAGGCGCCAUGUGUCAGAAUCCUGUGUGCAGUAAGAGUUGUGGGGCACGUGCAGUGUGCGUCAAGCCAGGGAAGUGUCAAUGUAUGCCAGGGUUCACAGGCAAGGGAUGUCGACGAAAGCUUAAACACGUCUGUAAAACUCCCUGUCUAAACGGGGGACGCUGUCGUAGGGGAAAGUGCAAAUGUGGGCCAACACACCACGGAAAAUCAUGUGAACAUUUACUGGAAAGUUUGAAAUUAUCACAUCUUAACCGAACAGAGCGGUGAGAUCUGCAGAUGUUAAAUAGCAUGUGACUGUUUGUGAUAAAUCGCUCAAACUGCUGCCAAGGGAGACAACCCAUCAGCGUGAUUUACAUGUCUAUACUUGUGUCUAUUCCGGAUACUCUGUCGCUGAUUCCGUACACCGUGGGGACUGUUGUUAGGAAUGUGUGAAACAGACAGUCUGGUUGUAUCAUGACAUUGUAGAUAUGUCAUAGAUACAUAUCAUGAUGACAUAAAUGCCAUGGUUACAAGUCGAUAUGACAAUGACUUUGUGGUUAUUGAUAUGACGUUGAUUGGUGUCAUGGUUACCCAUGUUAUGACAAAGAUGUCAUAGAUAUUCAUCAGCAUGACAAAGAUGUCAUAAAUUCAUAGAUCUUAAAUGAAAAUGUGAUGAGAUGUGUUCCACUGUUUACGGGAAGAAACAACUGAAUUCUUUAAAACACAUUAUUAACAAAGACAAUUAAAUGUGAAAAACAGCUAUUUUUCUAUUAAUGUGAAGAAAGUCAGAGUGGUGAAUAAAGAGUUCAUUUUCUGUUGAACCGGAAGAAAAUUGACAUAAUUGCUAACAUGUGUGAUCUCCAUCCAUCAAAGAAAUCCAGGAAGUUGCAGUCCAUGACAUAAACAGACAAUACAAUAGGAACUAUGGAAACCUACAGAGACCUUGAUUGUGGACAAGUAUGGAGGCCUGUGGUGGCCAUAGAAUUCUGUGAUUAGAAUUCAAAUGAGCUAUCAGGCUUAGAGACGACAUUGAUCUCUGUUAAAGUAUGGUACCUCCUACAUGUCAUGGUGAAUUGUUUGGUAUGGAGAGCAAUACAGGCCAUGGACAAUGAUGGUACGUGUCUGUGUGACUGUACCUGGCUGUUAUAGUGUUCAUUAGAGACAAUGUGAAGGGCUGUGUGUAAAUAUAGCAGUGUUCUUAGUCUGUAAAAAGCUUGUAAAUAACCUUUUAUUUAUACAUCCACAUCUACAAACAAGUCCCAUAACUCUUGUCAGUUCAGGGGGAGAUAACUUUAUGAACUUUGAUAUAAAUUUUGUUUCUGAAUAUAGAAUUGUUUCUAUUUUAUAUAUAUGUACAAUAGAACCUGAAAAGUGUAAACUCCAGAUUUAAAAAACAAACAUUUUAGAUGUUCAUGCAUAGAAAACAAUGUUCUCAGCAUCCUGGUCUCUUUGAUAAAAAGUGUCAUUCGGGAUUAUGUUAGGGAACAGAAGUGUGGAGAAUGAGGUUCAUCGUAAAUUAAUAUAUCAAAACUUAUGUAUAAGUUUUAAUUGUUGUAUGUGUAUUGUCUGUGAACAACCAUCACGAUAAUUGUGUAUAUAUACAAUGAUAUAGAUAUUUAUGGUGUAUAUAUACUGCGUCUGGUUGUGAGGUAAUGAUUGUAGCAGACAGGUCCAAAUCAAUAACAUGUGUUUGAUUGCGAGUCUUACGGGUGACACGUUAGGAAACAAAUGUAAUACAUGUAUGAGAGCAAUUAGAAUGUUUGUAAUUUUACAUAUGAUAUCUGGAGAUAAUUGCAAUCAUUUUAAGGAAAUAGAAUUUCAUGGUUUUCCAAUCCCAAUUAUUUAUAAUUUUAAAAGGAAAAUAUUUUUGUAUCAAAAUAACUUGAAAAAAUGUCAUUCUUUCUACAAUUGAAGUAAGGGCAAAUUUGAGAAAUAGUAAUACAACUGUUUUUUAUAAAUCUUAAUUGCUUGUACAAAUUUUGCUGUAGGUACCCUCAAUAAUGGAAAAAAUUGAAAGUGGAUAGAAAAUCUGAAGAAUGAAUGUCUAAAAAUUGUAGGUGUUUUGACUGUACAAUUCGUAUUCCAUACUCAUAAAAUAAACAUGCAUGUUAAAAAAAGGACAUAUUGAGAAACUGUUUCACCUGAUUUUUUUUGUAUAUUUUGAAAUUCCUCCUCUAAGUUAUGAAGUUUUGAUUUUAUAUUUUGAAAUUUUUAUACAUGUAGUAUAAAUUUUGAGAUUUUCAAUGUAUGCAAUGUUUAUAGAAAUUUUCAUUUUAUACUUUGAAAUUUACAUCGCAUAUUUCGAAAUUUUUGAUUUUUAUUUUGAAAUUUUCACUUGAUAUUUUGAAAUUUUUAUUGUAUAUUUUGAAAGUUAUGAGUAAUGUGAACCAUGACCGAGCUUAUAAUGUCCAUUAAACCUAUCCAUGCAUUCUUCAUUUCUUUUUGUGAUAAGAAUCUCAUUUGACAUAACUGAAAAUUCGUAAUCUAACAUGAACAACACUUUUUUAUAAACGAUGAACAAAGGGAGAAAUAGUAAAUGAUAGAACUGAACUUCAUAUUUAAAAGAAUUUUGGCAAGGGUUGUCUAAAAUUGGAAAAUCUUCAUUUUAAUAAUAUCACCAUUCAGGACUUUUUAGUUUGGAUAAGUACAUCGAUGAAAAUCUACCUCAUGUAAUAUACAAAGGUUUUUGUAUAUUUUUUAGAAUUUUCGCAAUGUUUACUGUGUGAGUAAGGGUUACGUGGGAAUGAUGAUGAUGCAUUCAUGAUCACGUAAUCAUCAAGUCUUAAACAUGUUACAAAGUUCUGAGCUGAAAAUUGUUCCUUAUCUUGUAUCAAUGUAUGCUUCAAACUGCCAGUAAUAUCAUUUCAAAUCACACCCACACAUUCAGUUUCCAUGGUAACCUUGCAUCAUUUUGCCAUUCUGAUUUAUUAGAAAAUAUGCUUUUUGCUAAAUAUGUACUAAUGUUUAUAAAUCUCUACAAAAUAAUAGGACAGUCAAGUAGUUAAUAAAGCCACAAAAGAAAAAAAAUGAUAAGUUAAUUUGAAAAGAAUAUUUUCUGUUUAUACUAAAUGAUAACAACAUUGUCACCAGGGUCAGGUAAAGGUCAUGUCAAGGACAUAUGUGCUAUAAAGGUCACAUAUGUUUUACUAUGACGCAAAAAGACUAUUUUGUUUUAAAAGUUAAAAGUCUUCAAAUCGUUGUUAUUGUUAGAAAAUGGGUGAGGAAUAAAGUCAAGGGAAGAGUAGAUGUCUGGUGACACAAGGUCAAGAAUUAAGUCACUUUUUUAGGAGGGGUAGAUAUGUUUUUAAUGAGGGCUUAGGAAUGAAGUGACACUUUAAUUUGUGCUGGAGUAGAUAUUGUUAGAUAUUGUUGGGGGCUGAAGUCACACUUUGGGUGAGGGUAUAGAUAUUGUUGGGGGCUGAAGUCACACUUGAGGGAGGGUCACUAAGAUACUGUUUUACUCAAGGUUAGGGAUAUAGUCACACUUUGUGGGUAGAUACUGUUUUGAGGUGAUGGAUGAAGUCACACUUUGGGGAAGGGUAGAUAUUGUAUGGACUCAAGGUUAGGGAUAUUGUCACACUUUAGGGAAGGGUAGAUAUUGUAUGGACUCAAGGUUAGGGAUAUAGUCACACUUUGGGGAAGGGUAGAUAUUGUUUUGAGGUAAGGGUGAAGUCACACUUUAGGGAAGAGUUGAUAUUGUUUUGACACAAGGUUAGGGAUAAAGUCAUAUUUUGAGGGAAGGGUUGGUAUUGUUUUGAGGGAAGGGUGAAGUCACACUUUAGGGAAGGGUAGAUAUUGUAUGGACUCAAGGUUAGGGACAUAGUCACACUUUGGGGAAGGGUAGAUAUUGUUCUGAGGUAAGGGUGAAGUCACACUUUAGGGAAGGGUUGAUAUUGUUUUUGUUUAAGUUGAUUGAGCACCACUUUGUUGAUGCCACAUUGUCACAUGUUAAGUUUCCUUUCCUUGUUGUUAUAUUUUGUAAAUGUCAUCGUUAUUAACCAAAUCUGAUCUGUUAUCAUCACAACAUUAUUGAAUAUCAUUUAUCAUCAGUACAACAUGUUAUCUGUUAUCAGUGAUAACAUUUUUUAAUAUUAUGUUACCAUUGAUACCAUAUUAAAACCACCUGUUAUCAGUAAUAACAUUAUAAAUGGUAUGUGUUGUCAAUGAUAUCAGAUUCAAUAUCAUCUGUUAUCAUUGAUAACAUUUUAACAUCACCUGUUAUCAGAAUGAUACCAUAUUAAAAGUGCAAGUGCAAACAAAUGCCAGUGAUAUCAAAUAAUAAAGAAAAUGUGUAAAAAAGAUGA